CCGCUCGUCAGCCUUCAAGCCCCUAUACCUGACCAUUUUUCACACACCAGCAUGCCCAAUUGACUAGUUGGCAUCAGUGCUUUGCCAAGGUGGGUAGUUUCGCUAGUUCAACCAGCCCCGAGUAAGUGGAUGGCAUUGCCUACUGUACAUAUGUACUGGCGCUUCAUUUGUCUGUUCCGUGAGCAUCAUCACCGCCCACUUCACCGGUCCUUUCUUGAUGUCGCUCACUUAUUCAAUGAAUCCAUCUUUCCAAGCUGAACAUGAAACUCAUUCUUCUCUGCCUCACGCUGUGCGCAACUGCCCAAGCCGUCCCAGUGCUUGUCAGCCCAUGGAGCGUUCCUGAUCCGAAACACGGAAAGGCUGAUCCAGCCGUGGGCAGCAAGGAAGUAACGCAUUUCCCACCGGAAGACGACGCGGAAUCUAUCUCCUCCCACUACAUGACCUCGCAAGCCAGCACACCAACGACAGACACCGAGCCGGAAUGUGAACAGGAUCCCGAACUGAUGGAAAUCCUUGGCCACGUCGACGAUAUACUCGCCAGCGAUCUACCCGCAGACGAGCAAGUCCCGUUCAUCCUGGACGCCAUACUGCAUCAUACGGAGAGUUUGCAGCAGCACGCGUGGUAUCUCGGAGAUGUAGAGAACGACGUCGACAAAGCACCCGCCCAUGCCUCUUCGAGCAGCCCAGAGAAGAUGCAAAGAAUGUUCCGCGCCAUCCUGGAACGCACGGAGGAUUCUAUCGCGCUCGACCGGAUACGUGCAAUUCUCUCCGAAACCAACUCGUUGCAUAAGAAAAUCAACAAGAUUCUGGCUGAGAUUGCCGAUGAUCUUGGAUUGACAGUGGACGUGGGCUGGAGCGACGGCGCCCAAGUUCCUCUUACUAUCGCUGAUCACGAUUGAUGAGGUUGACGGGAAUGACCAAUUACAUUGACCAAAACAUGGACAUGGUGCAGAGUGCAUUCGGCUUCCGCACCUUGGAAGACAACUCCAUACACCAAACUUAGAAGGACCCAGGACUGGCAUAUGGCCCGGAAAACAGAACGAGA